UUUGACUCACUGAAAACUACAGCUUUCCCCAAGGAUUCCAGAAAUCACAUAUGUACUUAUAUCAGGUGUCAACACCCAGAAUUAUCCGGCAGCAAACCUCAUGACUCUCAAAAUGUAUCCAAUCAACUUGGCUCGUGAUGGAUGGAAUUCCAGGAGGAGCCAGUGACUUGUGUUUCCGGAGCUGCUUUAAAAUUAAAUAAAUACCACAAAACUUAAAAAUGAGACCUGUUUCUUCCUGUUUGGAGAUGAAAUUCGACGGAAUCUUUUGGAGCAAACAGAGGAUGGAUGCUCUAACUAUUUCCCUGAAAACCAAAGUUGCACGUGCUCCGUGGGAAUGCCCGCCACACUUGCGUGGCACUUGAGCUAACUAUCUGCAUUAACGUUAUUCUCUUCCAACCCCCCCCCCCCCGGGCGACAGUGUGAAAGGGAAGUUGCUCUGCUUUCACGCGCAAUUCAGGGCCUUAUGUUCUCUCAAGGGACCCAUCAUCGUUGAAACCCCGACUUCCUAGAAAGUGAACCACAUAGGUCUAUGACAUUGUGACCUCCCGUCUUCGUUCCAACAAUGCUCUGCUGCUGUCUUAUUCCAGAGGACGAGAAAUUUAUCUCUUCCUCCUCCUCCUGCAUUUUUUGGAGUCUACCUCCCUCUGCUGUCAAUCACAUUCCUUUCAGUCUUGGUACAGAGUAGGUGGAUUCGGGUAGCAUAUAUUUUUCAUGGAUUCCGAUUGCAUCUCCAGUUUCAUCCGCGGAUGCCAAUCCAAACAAACACCUGUUACGCUCAAUUAUGAUCAGUAUACUGAUCCCUUCAAUGGAAUUCAGAUGCCCGACCCGUCCAUGAACUUUGGAUCUGUGGAUACAAACUUUGCCGGGAAUCCUGCUUCUCUGGCUUCCGUUAGUGCGAAUGUAGACUUUCCCUUAGACGAGACCGACUUCUCUGGCCCUGUGCUUGGGUACAUAAGCCAAAUGCUAAUGGAAGAGGACAUGGGCGACAAGCCCAGCAUGUUUCAUGACUCCUUGGCUCUUCAGGCGACCGAGGAAUCGUUAUACGAGGUUAUUGGGAAGAAAUACUCUUCCAGUUCCUCUGUUCAACAUCCUCUUCCCGACUAUCACCGUGUGGAGACCUCCGAGGAAAGUGUCGCGGGGAACAUCAGUGAUCAUAGUAGUAGUGGAAGUUAUGCAGUUAAUGGUACUAACUCUGCUGAAUCCCAGUGGAGUAACUUGGACUUCACAGAGUACAAACCUUCUCUACUGCAAGCCACGUUUCCUGUAGAUUUCGUUUUCCAGUCUCCUUCAACAUCGGCAGCACAACUUUCCACCAACAAUAUGAGCACCUCCGGGCAUACUAGCCAUAAAUAUAAUGGGUUCGUCGUGAAUUACAAUACCUGGACUGGCUUCUCAGAUUCUACAUUGCUUAGCAAGAACGAGUCUCUGUUUCAAUUUGAGAGAGGUGUGGAGGAAGCCAGUAAGUUUUUGCCCAAGGACGAUCAUUUAAUUAUUGACGUAGGGUCCAACAUCAUUUCUCCCCCCUUCGGAAAGACUCUAGAGGCUCUAGUCAAGCCGGAGAGAUAUGAAAUGGAGCACGUAUCCGCCGGAUCAAGAGGAAGGAAGAAUCAUGAACGGGAAUAUGAGAUAGAUUUAGAGGACAGGAGAAGCAGGAAGCAGCCUGCAAUUUACACAGAUGAGAGUGAGCUAUCGGAAUUAUUUGAUAAGGUGCUUCUUGGCACAGGCUGGGGAAAAGAACCACCUCCCAUGUGUAUUUGCCAUGAAAAUUGUAAUCAUGGAGCAAAGACGAGCGUGCAGAAAAAGGAAGUGCCAAACAAGUCUACUAGUGAUGGGAAGAGCCGUGUCAGAAGACAGGGUUAUAACAACUACAACGAAGUGGUGGAUCUAAGGGCAUUGCUUAUUCAAUGUGCACAGGCAGUAUCGUCUGAUGAUCGUGGGACUGCUUAUAAUUUAUUGCGGCAGAUUAGGCAGCAUUCUUCCUCGACGGGCAGUGGAUCUCAGAGGUUGGCCCACUGCUUUGCAAAUGCCCUUGAAGCGCGCUUGGCUGGCACUGGCUCUCAGAUUUACACUGCUUUAUCCUCCAAAAGAACUUCUGCUGCAGACAUGAUAAAAGCAUACCAAAUGUAUAUUACAGCUUGUCCAUUCCGGAAGAUUGCCGUGAUCUUUGCAAACCACACAAUUUUGCAUCUCUCCAGUGAGGCAGAAACGCUUCACCUUAUAGAUUUUGGCAUUCGUUAUGGCUUCCAAUGGCCUCCCUUUAUCUUUCGUCUCUCCAAACGAACUGGCGGACCCCCCAAGCUGCGCAUUACAGGUAUUGAUCUCCCACGACCCGGUUUGAGGCCGGCAGAGAGAGUCCAAGAGACAGGCCGGCGCCUUGCGAGGUAUUGUGAGCGCUACAAUGUUCCGUUUGAGUAUAACGCUAUUGCACAGAAAUGGGAAACCAUUAGGCUUGAAGACCUGAAGAUAAAGAAAGAUGAACUUGUGGUUGUGAGUUGUCUGAAGCGACUUAAGAAUCUUCUUGACGAGACCGUCGUGGUGAACAGUCCUAGAGACACCGUUUUAAAGUUAAUUAGGAAGGCAAACCCAAGUAUGUUUUUGCAGACUAUCGUCAACGGGUGCUAUAACGCACCAUUCUUUGUGACGCGUUUCCGGGAGGCUCUUUUCCAUUACUCUUCAAUGUUUGAUAUGCUCGACACAAAUGCUGAUAGUGAAGAUCCAAUGAGGUUGAUGUUUGAAAAGGAGUUUCUUGGACAAGAGGUAACGAAUAUCAUAGCUUGUGAGGGUUUUGAGAGGACCGAGAGGCCUGAGACUUACAAGCAAUGGCAGGUCCGGAACAUGAAGGCAGGGUUCAGGCCGCUGCCCUUGGAUCGCUAUUUCGUCAGUAAAUUAAGAGGCAAGUUGAGAGAAGUGUUCCACAGUGACUUCAUGCUUGAUGAAGACGGCAAUUGGAUGCUCCAAGGUUGGAAGGGCCGAAUUAUUUGUGCUUCCUCCUGCUGGUCGCCAGCAUAGGAUUCCCCCCCCCCCCCCGGCUUUUUAGCAGAGGGUGCCAGCGUAGUCUGAUCGACUUUCUCGUAACCAACGCGAUCUUGUGAUAUUAGGUUUUCAAGAUCCUCCCUAACACUAUUCUGAAUCUUCAUUUUAUAUAUAUAUAUAUAUGA